AUGGAUCUUCAACAACGAAUCAAAGCCUACCGCUUCGUGGCCUAUUCGGCAGUCACUUUCUCCGUUGUAGCAGUCCUUUCGAUUUGCAUCACAUUGCCAAUGGUUUACAACUAUGUCCAUCAUGUGAAAAGAACCAUGCAUAACGAGAUUCACUUUUGCACAGAUUCCGCCAAGGAUAUCUGGGACGAGGUGAGGCAUCUCAAAAACAUCCCUUCCGCAAACCGAACUGCUCGACAGGCUGGAUAUGGUGAUGCAGGAGUCGGUGGUGGAUCCGCCAGCGACGGUGGUAACUGCGAGUCUUGCUGUCUACCAGGAGCUGCCGGACCAGCUGGAACCCCUGGACAGCCUGGUCGCCCAGGUAAACCUGGAGCGCCUGGACUUCCAGGUAACCCAGGACGUCCACCACAGCAGCCAUGUGACCCUGUCACACCUCCUCCAUGCAAGCCAUGCCCACAAGGACCUCCUGGACCUCCAGGACCUCCGGGACCAGAUGGAGAUGCUGGAUUAGAUGGAGCUCCCGGGGCACCCGGACAAGAUGCUGCUCCUGGAGAAGCUGGACCGAAAGGGCCUCCUGGACCUGACGGAAAUCCCGGUGCCCCUGGUGCAGACGGACAACCCGGAGCCGAUGCUGUCUCUGAGCCACUCAUUCCUGGAGAACCCGGACCAGCUGGAGAGCCUGGACCUCAAGGACCACCUGGACCUGAUGGACAACCUGGCCAACCUGGUGCUGACGGUGAGCCAGGCCAGAAGGGAGAGAACGGACCGGAUGGACAACCUGGUGACGACGGAAACCCAGGUGCUCCCGGAGAAGCUGGACCAGCUGGCGCUGUCGGAGAGCCUGGUAUCUGUCCAAAAUACUGCGCUAUUGACGGUGGAGUUUUCUUCGAAGACGGAACUCGUCGCUGA